UUAUGACCGGCGCUGAAGCGCCGAGUCCUGGGUUUUGCAGCGUUGUGGUCGGUGGUCAGCGGCGCUCUUACCCCGGUUCCGCGAGGCUUUUCUCUGCUGUCGCUGCAGUUGUCGCCGCAGCAGCCUGCUCUGCGGGAUCAUGGUGUGCUUCCGCCUCGCCCCGGUUCCGGGCUCCGGGCUCCUUCUGCUCUGCCUCGUCCUGGGAGCUGUCUCGUCUUAUGCAUUGGAACUUAAUUUGACAGAUUCAGAAAAUGCCACUUGCCUUUAUGCAAAAUGGGAGAUGAAUUUCACAAUACGCUAUGAGACCACAGAUAAACAUAAUAAAACUGUAACCAUUUCAGACCUUGGUGCUGCAAAGUACAAUGGAAGCUCUUGUGGGGAUGAUCAGAAUGGUCCCAAAAUUGCAGUGCAGUUUGGAUCUGGUUUUUCCUGGAUUGUGAAUUUUACACAGGAGGAGACGUCUUCUUAUUCAAUCGACAGCAUCUCAUUUUCCUACAACACUAAUGAUAGCACAACAUUUCCUGAUGCAAAAGAAAAAGGAGUUUUUACUGUUUCUGACCAUGUGGCAGUCAGAGUUCCAUUGAAUGACAUCUUUAGAUGCAAUAGUUUAUUAACCUUAGGAAAGAAUGAUGUUGUCCAGCACUAUUGGGAUGUUCAUGUACAAGCUUUUGUCCAAAAUGGCACAGUGAGCACAAAAGAGUUUUUGUGUGAUAAAGAUAAAACUUUAACCACAGUGGUGCCCAUCGUUCCCACCACUGUGCCAUCUCCUACUACAACACCCUCUCCAAAGGAAAAGCCAGAGGUUGGAUCCUAUUCAGUUGUAAAUAGCAAUGGGACAUGUCUUCUGGCUACCAUGGGGCUGCAGCUGAACAUUACUCAUGAUAAGGUUGCUUCGGUUAUUAACAUCAAUCCCAACACAACCAACUUCACUGGCAGCUGCCAUCCUCAAACUGCUCUACUUAGGCUGAGCAGCAGCAGCAUCAAGUAUCUGGACUUUGUCUUUGCUGUGAAAAAUGAAAACCGAUUCUAUCUAAAGGAGGUGAAUGUCAGCAUGUAUUUGGUUAAUGGCUCUGUUUUUAGCAUUGCAAAUAACAAUCUCAGCUACUGGGAUGCCCCCCUGGGAAGUUCUUAUAUGUGCAACAAAGAGCAGACUGUUUCAGUGUCUGGAGCAUUUCAGAUAAAUACCUUUGAUCUAAGGGUUCAGCCUUUCAAUGUGAUGGAAGGAAAGUAUUCUACAGCCCAAGAGUGUUCGCUGGAUGAUGACACCAUUCUAAUACCAAUUAUAGUUGGUGCUGGUCUUUCAGGCUUGAUUAUCGUUAUAGUGAUUGCUUACCUAAUUGGCAGAAGAAAAAGUUAUGCUGGAUAUCAGACUCUGUAACACUAAUCCACAUGUGACUCUGUUACAAAACAAUAAAGCAAGUACAAGAUCCAAGAUCCAACAUGCAAUACUGUUCGAUUUAAGGUAUAUAUAGUUGCAGUUCUAAUCUUAACAACAAGUGGUACAGAGGAUUUCGAACUUAAAUAGAUAAAAAUACCCCUAAAACUCUAAACUAUAAAUUAGUCACAUGAUUUUGGUUUUCCCAACUAAAGAAUUUAAAAGUUAUUUCUACAGCAAAAAACAUGUGCAAAAUCACGUGGAUUAUAGAUUCUAUUUUAUUGUCUUGAAUUAGUAUUGCAUUGUUCUCACUUUAAACAUUCUGACUAGAAAUAUACAGCUUAGGAAAGGGUUAACCGCACCUCCACAUGUAGUCGAAUUGAGACAACACAUUCUACGGUGGAUUUGUACUUGCUCCUUUGCAUUUUUUGGUGAUUUUGUUUGCAGGUUAACUUAGCUGCUUUGGCAUUGCUGUGUAUUUGACUAUGAGAGAUAUGCCAAUAGAUUUGAACAGGGUCUAGUAUUAUUAUGUUCUUAGCAAUGCAUGCUUUUCUAAUGCCUUUUGAAUACAUUUGUUUUUAAUGUGGCUGUAGUGACAAAAGAUACAAAAGCUUUAAAAAUUUUAGAAUAGGUGUUACUCUUAUUGUUUAAUCUUUUUAAGAAAAAAACUGGAUAUUUCCGUCUUUUAAAUUGUAAGACACAAGACUAUUCCAACUGGGCAUUUCAAUCCAUUUUCUAGAUGUUUUAGAGAUAAUUGCUAGGCAGUGCCAAUUUGGGGUGUUAGUCCUUUGUACCCGUAAAUUGGCUUCUACAUGCAGUGCUAAAAUUAAUGUAGAUUUUCCUUUAGCUUUCUAGUAUCCUUGUUGGUGAUGGUUUGUUUUAUUCUCUUCUUUUCUUUUCCUUAAAGAAGAAAUGCCAGUAUGUCCUAGAACCUAGAUAAAGAACUUGCACCUAACCCAAAAGUCUUGGCCUUCUCUUUGUUCAUGAAAAAGCUGUUCUUUGUUUCCAGCUUGUGUUGAUUGCUACAACAUUUACUAAUGUGGCUUUCACAUUUAAAUAGUUCUCUGCUAAUCAAAACUUACAUUAUUAUUGUUCAUUAUGGUAGCAUCAUCAUUAAUUCAUGUACUUUGUGUUGAGUUCUGUGCUCUGGGGAGAUGCACCAAUUGUCCAUUUAACCUGCACCACCUAAUGUUUAUAUGAGAAAGCAAAACAUUUCUGCUUGAUAGUUAGCACAUCAAGUAUUUCUUGCUGCUUCUAGGUCUUUCUUUCUUUUUUUUUUUUUUGGUAUUGAGAUGGCUGAGCAAAUAUUAAAAAAUUGUUAACAUGCAGCAAUAUAUGGCAGGUUCCGUGUUUUGGGGGAUGGGAGAUUAUGUGUGCCUCCUAUUCACUAGAAAAUGAGAUAUAUGGGUUACAAAAUGUUGUUUGCGUUGAAUAAAUUUGGUAGUCUAGUGACACACACACAGAGGCAAUUGCAUGUUAGCAUGUGUAUGUCUAUAACUACCUUUCGAGUUAUAUUGGCAUGAUAAAUAUUUUCUCCCACUUAAAUUUGCUCUCUGUUUAGAGUAGCCUGAAAAAUCUUACUGGCUCAGAAUAAGAUUCCUGACUAAGCCCCUCUCUAAAAGCUACAUUGAGCUGCAUUGCCAGCUUAAGGCACUUUUUAAAGGCUAAAUAUAAAUCUGAUUUUUUAAAAAUAUUUUUUAUUUAAAUAGUGUUUUAGUGUAAGAUUGUUAACGUUGUAAGAAUGGAUAAUGCUUGCAAGAAUGUGAGCCUUAGAUAUUUCUCAUGAGUCAAAACAAAGCAGCUUUUUUAAAAAAUAAAAGUUGGAAGCACAAGUGGGUGGCACACUGGCUUAAUGGCUGUUAAUGUUUCUAAAAGUUUCUACCUUUAGAUUAUAUAUCUGAUUUAUAUUAAGAUACCUCUAAUUAGUACUGUUUUAUAGAAAAUCUGACUUAAUUGAAUAUUUUUGUAUUUUACAUGGGCCAGUUUAUAUGCUGUUAUUUACACUAUCAUUUCCUAUAGCCAUGUGUUCUUUGUACCUUUUGUAGUUUUGCUUUAACAGAUUUACACCUUGAUGAUCUAACACUCUAUUUGGUUUCUGGGUGUUUUUCAUGGGUUAGCAUUUGUAUAGAGAAACUGGUCCAUGUAAAUACUUUCCAUGUUUUUUCCUCAGAUGUUUAAACCACUAGUUGAUGUAUGGUAUUUCUCUUCAGAUAUUUGCCUGUCCAUUUGCUCAACAUAUUGCUUCUAAAACAAACAAUAAAGAUUCUUUUAUUUCUUAAGGAAA